AAAUUACAAUCUAGGAAACUGUAAUGUAAAGGAAAACAAAUGAAUGUGUGCUUAAGUAAGGGCAUUAGCUGAGACAAGUCCUCUUUGCUUUCAGUACCUGUCCAGUUAUAGCAUGUCGGUGCAAGUAGCGUCUUUUGUAACCUGUUCUGUAGACAAGUAAGUUUAAGGAUCAGCAAAAAGUGCAUGUUCUGUUCCUCCAACUGACUUAUAUUUAAAAUGCUAAAGAUUGCAGCACUGAUAAUCUUCCAGCUUUACACUGACAUUUCAGCACUUAUUUACCCAUGUCAGGAUACAGUGGAACAACUGUAUUUUAGAAUAUACGAGUUCUCUUGCAACUGUCGGUGAACUGUGGUUUGAAACGAGCCUCAAACUUCACAUUUUCAGCUACUGCUCUCCUUUUGAAUACAGACAAUGAAAUCAUAACGAUCAACCCUGCUUCACAAUUUGUGAUUUUCUUGUGGAGCUAUAAACAAAUCAGCUUACAUAAUUUGUUCUUAAGUAUUCAAUUUCUUUGUCCAGUUAAGAGAAAAUAAAACCAGUUUCCCUGAUCAAAAUGCAAAUAUUGGAUCUAGAAUUUGGUUUAAUGCCAAAAAAUCAAAAGAAGCAGGUCACGCUGUUGUUGCUUAGGUAAAAAUAGAAAGCUACAGUUGGAAGAAAAGUGACUCACUAAGCAGUAUGGUGAUGGCAAAAUAGGAUGUCAGCCAAAACGCAGGAAACAAGAUGGGAACACCCAGAUCAGUUUAACAGUCUGUAUUUUACACUCUCAAAGAGUGGUAGUUUCAAAGAUUACUGCAGGAAAUUUAAGCUUUAAAUGAAUGUAACUGGAUUGUAUUUCUACACUUAUUAAGCUGUUUGAAUGUGGGUAAGUUUUAGUAAAAUGUGAAUUGUAUAUUUUUGGGGUUUUUUUUGUGUUUGUUUUUAGUUUGUUGGCUUUUUCCUCCAGUCCAACUGUAAGACAAUCCCUUUUUGGUAACUUUGUUUACAGUAAGGCUGCCUGGAGGUUAGCUCUGGAUGCUGUGAGAGGUGUCCAGCAGCAGCACGCAGUAGAUAGACAGUGGUACACAUGUACCAAGGGAGUUACUGCAGCACUGCAGUCUGGAGUGGAGCUGAUGGCACUGAUUGGAGCUGAUUGAUUUUUAUUGCUCUGGAGCAACUUCAACUGCCAUGUAGCUGUGUCCUGAUUUUUAAAAAUCCCCCUGUACUUAUAAGAUGGUGUGCUUUGUUUUGCUUUUCUAAUUAUAAACCGGUGUAACAACACAAAAGGAAGUGGAUUUCUUCCUAUUCUCAUGCACAAAACCAAGCAGAUCCAGCAAUUUUAUUAUGGCAGGUAUGCAUCGAUCCUAGUGUUGGGUUCCUGUGCUGCCAUUGCUUGCCUGCAGCUGAACUGCUUUGAUCAGGUAGUGGUUCAGUUUGGUACCCUGGAAAAAGGAAGGAGACAGCAAGAGUGAGAUGAGGUACUGUGCUGCUCUCAUGUUUUCAUAAUGGCUGUCCCCGAGCUCAGAGCUCUUGAGCCCUAAGAAUCUAAGACAGCAGUCAAUGUGGGGGGCAAAAAUCUGUAUAGGGGUAUUCCUAAGAUAAGGUGAGUCACCAGUUCAUUGCAUUUGCUUGAAUUUAAGUGAACUUAACUAAUAGUUCAUUUCAUGAAGCAAGUAGACAAUCUCAUGACUUUUUAAACUCUUAAUAUUUCAAGGCUUUUGAAGCGUGUGACUUCAGAUAUAAUUACAGGUUUGUAAUACGCAAACACAACACGACUGCUCAUUCAGAGAAUCAUGAAUUUGGGGGGUUCAAGGGCAACUUUCUUUUGAAGUGAAGCGCAAGGUGGAAUUAGUUAGCUGAAGCAUCCGUAGGUGUUUCUAAUUCCAGGAGAGAAGCUGUUAGUCAAAUGUUUACAUUGUGUUUCAUUUCCUUUACAGUAGUUUCUUGAAUCCCUGCCUUACUUUUAAAAUACGGAACUACCUUUAACCUACUUUUUGGAAUAGCAAGAUAAUAAAACUAAUUCAGAGCUGACUGUUCUGGGGGAAGGGCUAGAGAGCUUUUGCUGUAAUUUUUUAAAUGCGGAGUGAUGCCUUUGCUAGGAGGUGAUGGGUUCUGAAUACUGACAGUGCAGCUGCUUUUUCUCCGGUGUACCUGACUUUCCUGCCAUGGGACUCUUAGACUGAAGCAUCUCCUUACGAACUGUCUGUACUAAGAGUUCAAAAAAAUAAGAUCCAAGUACUUAAGCAGUAUUUUUAGCCUUCCAAAAAAAUUGUAGCAGAUGAGGGAAGCAGAGGUGAGGUGGGCAACCAUGCCAUGAUGCCUGCUGGACAGCUGGGGCAGGGCAGGAGCAGGGCUUGUGUCAGCUGGGAAUUCAGGCAGCCAAGACCAUACCCUCCGUGUUCUGUUUAGUGUUUCGCUUGCUCGGUUUCAACUCUAAAAAGUGAAGUUGAAAUCUGAUUACUUUAGAUCGGUGGCCUUCAAAAUCCAUUAUGGAUGCCUAAAGAUUUUCCAGGGAAGGUUUGGACUGUUACCGAGCAUAUUUAAAGGCAAUUAGCAGUUGUUUCAUGGCUUCUCUAAGAAAAUAGCUCUCCAGAUCAGUGGAGGCCAGGACUAAUGGAUACUUCAAGUUGAACAAAUUUGUCUGUCUUUGAAGAAGGGCACUUUAUGAAAAUGAGCUCUCCUCCUGAGAAAAGGAGGACAAGCUUGGUAGAUAAAUGUCUUUUCCAACCUAAACGAUUCUAUGAUUCUAUAUUUGUGGUGUCCAGUGCAGUAUGAAAGGUGCUAGGACACCAGAAUAAGCGUGGACUGAGAGAGGUGACGUGUUGGCACUGUGGAGUGGUGACAGGAGGAGGGCAGGGAGCCGGAGGAGCUCUCCUGGGACAGGACAGGACAGGGCAGCAGCUUGCAGCUGGAUCUGCUGCUGGAACAUAAGGGGUUUACGUGAUACUCGGUGGCGUUUCCUGUCUAAGCCUAGAAAAUAGAUUAAAUGCUCUUCUAAUAUACAUAUUUCAGGAAAACACUUUCUGUAAUUACUACAGAAAAUGCUGCGAAAGGAAAGGGAAGGGAGUUGGUCCACACAAAUGUGACCUGGUUGGGAAAGGAGUCAGAUGGGCACAACUGGAGUAACUGAAGUGUUGGGAGAAUCCUUGAGUUACAGUUAAGUGGAUUUGUGACUCACUAGUACCACGUACCUAACUUCCGUAGGUGGUGUAGGAUGUGAGCCAAUUCAACUUUUUUGGGGUGAGGGUGACUUCUUUGCCUCAGUGAUUGUGCACGGGGGAGGACGAGGAUCUGAAGGCUUUCUUUGUGACGUUGGUUAAAUGGGCUUUUCUCUUUGUCUAUAAGGUGUAGAACAUCAGUUCUGUUGAGGUUGGUAUGUGCAGGAAACAAAAGGAAGACAAAAUGAUGUGCCUCCAGGUUUCAGUUCUCCAGUUUUGUAUGUUUUGGUUUAUGUGUAGUAGCUUCAAGUCUAAAUUUAUACUUGUCUCUUUUUCCCUUCUAGAGUAGUCUUGACAUCUGCUGCUAUUUCUUGUGACCACCUGGUCAAUAAAAUUUAGUUUCAAUGUAUUGAUUAAAGGGCUGUAGUGCCUUGUUACUUUAAUUCCUAUGUACUUGUGUCAACUAACUGGGUUUUUUUAACUAUUUUAAGGGGAAUAAACCCCAGACGCUGCUGGGAUGCAUAUUUUAUGCUAUAUGCCUGCAUAUUCUGUUGCUAGACAUGAAGCAGAAUGAUCAUCAUAUUUGUAUAGUUAGAUUGUAGGAUUGAUGUUGUUCUAUGCACAGUAUAUGAUGUAUGUCUUAAACAGGGCUGAUUCAUAAACAAAAGCAAACAGUUACAGCGCGCGCACACAGAGUAAGACUUUCUUUAAACUAAACACUGAGUUUGCUGUUUCUAUAAAUGUCUUUCCACCCUUGCCCUCAAUUACAUCAACUUGCAUCAUCUGUGUCUGUUGUAUAGGAACAAUUACCAGGCUCCUUAAUAUUUAUAGGGUUUUUUACUUUAUGAAAAUUCUUAGAAGUUGCUAAAUGAUAUGGAAAUAUAGUGGAGCUAAAAAAAGUCAGUAUGCCACAUAAACUUCGUAGGAAAACAUAUUUCUCAACACCCAUGGCUAUUUGUGCUGUAAUUUUUCUUUUUUUUAAAGUUCAGAUCAAAUACCUCGUUUGUAACGUUGCUGACAUAAUUUUCAAGUGUUGGCCCUGCCUUUGUAAUGCUGCUAGAAAACGGUAGCAUCUUCUAGUUCAAUACUUGCUGUUUAUCAUCCUUUAAUAAGAUGCAGUUUUGAUUUUGAAACAACAUUGUGUUUUUGUAACUGCAGCCAAUACGAAUGUGUGUCUCUAGCUAGUUUGGUCUCUCCUCCAUCCUUAAGGCAAAGAACUGGUUGCUUCUGAAGUAAUAGGUCUGAUACAGGAACAGAGGCAGUGUUUGCAAAUUUAACUUAAAAAUACUUUGGAUGAAUACUUUGAGUAUGAAGCUGAGGAGUUCCUGGUCUCCUUGGCCUUGUUGAUCACCGAAGGUCGAACGCCUGAGUAUUCGAUCAAGGGCAGAACAGAGGGCUUUCACUGCCCACCGGCACAGUCAAGUCAGCCGCCAACAACUAAGCAUGAAUGCAGCGACAAACUGGCUCAGUGUCGUCAAGCCAGGCGAACCAGAUCUGAGGUUAUGCUACUGUGGAAGAACAAUAUUCCAGUCAUGGUAGAAGUGAUGCUACUUCCAGACUGUUGCUAUAGCGAUGAAGGGCCCACCACCGAGGGGAAUGAUUUAAAUGAUCCUGCAAUCAAACAAGAUGCAUUGCUGUUAGAAAGGUGGAUUUUGGAGCCAGUUCCUCGACAGAGUGGAGAUCGAUUUAUUGAAGAGAAGACCCUUUUAUUGGCUGUUCGCUCUUUUGUUUUCUUCUCUCAGCUAAGUGCGUGGCUGAGCGUUUCACAUGGUGCUGUUCCCCGAAACAUUCUGUACAGGGUGAGCGCUGCAGAUGUGGACUUGCAAUGGACAUUCUCCCAGACACCGACUGAGCAUGUCUUUCCUGUUCCUAAUGUUUCUCACAAUGUGGCCUUGAGAGUCAGCGUCCAGUCCUUGCCCAGACAAUCGAAUUACCCGGUUUUGACCUGUAGUAUUCACACGAACCUUAGCUUUUACGAAAAGCGAAUGCAAGAGCGUAAGUUACAUCAGCGCAGCGAUUCCAGUGUGGCACAGCAAUGCAGUACCUCCAGUCCACAGCGCUUCUGUGGGAAACAGACAUGGACAAUGACACCUGAAGGCCUACUUAAUGGAAAAAAGACAACUGAGUUUACUACAUCUAUCAGAAAUUUAAAACUUUAUCCAUCUACUGGACUUGGAUCUGACUUUGGGGCGUCACAGCCUAAAGUUCAGGGCUAUAAUGCUACAGCGGACAAUAAGACAAAAUCUCGUGAAACACCUGUGAGAACUUUUAAAUCCUUUUCUCUAGUUGAUUCCCGUGGUUCAAAUAGUCACUGCGCUCACCAGCCCACAGGAGAAACCAAUCCUUUGAUAGGCUCUUUACUUCAAGAGCGACAAGAGGUCAUCGCGAGGAUUGCUCAGCACUUGAUUCACUGUGAUCCGGCUACUUCACCGGUUGUUGCUGGACGCCCGUUCAACAUACAUGAGAACGGCUCAGCUACACCAAAAGCUUUUCGGAGUACCUACGAAGACGAAAACUUGCCAAGGAAAGGCAAGGAAGCCUCCCCAGUUUCUGUUGCCAGCUUAGACAAUGCAGUACAAGAAGAUGGUGGUGAAGGCAAAACGAGAGCGGUACCAGAGAUCAGUCUGCUCGAUGCCCGUGUUCCAGUGAACCACUGUGGCCGUCAUUUGGCAGGAGAGAGUAAUCCCCUGAUCGAUUCUCUGCUCCAGGAGCGGCAGGAGGUGAUAGCAAGGAUUGCCCAACACUUGAUUCAUUGUGAUCCAGCUACUUCUCAUGUCACUGGACGUCCAUUCAAAGUGCAUGAGACUAGCCCUGUUACUUCCAAAGUUUUCCGAAGUACAUAUGAAGGUGAAAAUUUGCUGAAGAAAGGCAAGGAAUCAUCUUCUGUUUCUUUUGCUAGAUCUGAUUUUUCUUUGUUAGAAGACAGCAGUAAAUCAAGGAUGAAGACACCUGAUACUCCAAUCAGUCCUUCUAGGUUUGAUGGAGAAUUGAAGGCUUCUCUGAAACUCCAAGCAAGAAGAAAAUUGGUUUUAGCAAAACCCAGUGAAGCUGUCCGAAAUGCAUUUCAUCAGACUUCAAAUAAAACUUCUCAUGCAUUUACUAACAUUCAUACAUCAUCAUCGUGUGUUAAAGAAAAUAAAUCUGAAUUGCCAGAUAAAUUGGAAAUGAUAAGUUCUGGUUAUGCACAGAAAGACCAGAUAACCAACAGAAUUAAACAGUGUUCAAAUUUGAGCAGCAUUGAUGAACAGAUUCGCACAAAUAAACUAAAAGAAAGAACAGUUGUUAGUGAGAACAAUGGCAUAGACAGUUUUAACAAUUUACAGGUAGAUAAAUGCAGAAUACUUGAAGGUACAAAAAAAGCAACUGUGAUGCAGGUAUCUGACUCUUUGCACAAAAAUGAGCUCAAGUGUUUAGAUAAAGACUCAAAAAAACCAAAUAUUUAUGAGCAAAAUACUCAGCUUAUUAGUAUUGAAAAUUAUUUAAAUAAAGACCAUGACAGUUUCAAAAACAAAAGCAAACAAGAUAAAACAAAAACUGCACACGAUGAGAAUGAGGACCCAAUAAGCCUCGAUUUCCAAAGCACUUGUCAGAAGAAACCUACAGAAGACUGCAUAGUUAAGUGUGAGCGGCUGAAGAACCCAGAUGUACAGAGAGCACCAUCUCUAAAACACACAAAUAUAUGGCGGAAACAUAAUUUUCGAUCCUUGGAUGGAACUUCAACCAAGGCUUUUCAUCCAAGAACUGGAUUGCCUCUGCUUUCAAGUCCUGUUCCUCAAAGAAAAACGCAGUCUGGGUGCUUUGAUCUGGAUUCAUCACUGCUGCAGUUGAAAUGUUUGUCUGCAAGAAGCCCACAACAAUGUAUAAACAGAGACAGUGAUCCAGAGAGCCAUGGGAAACCAAUUCUAAGUUCUAGUGCUCCACCAGUAACAAGUCUUAGCCUUCUGGGAAACUUUGAGGAAUCUGUCCUGAAUUUUCGCUUAGACCCGCUUGGCGUCGUGGAAGGUUUCACAGCGGAAGUGGGAGCAAGUGGAGUCUUUUGUCCCACGCACAUGACUCUGCCAGUUGAAGUGUCAUUCUACAGUGUUUCAGAUGAUAAUGCACCCUCUCCUUACAUGGGUGUAAUUACUUUAGAGUCCCUUGGUAAAAGGGGUUAUCGGGUACCGCCUUCAGGAACAAUACAAGUGACCUUAUUUAACCCUAACAAAACUGUGGUGAAGAUGUUUGUGGUGAUCUAUGACUUGCGAGAAAUGCCAGCUAAUCAUCAAACAUUCCUACGGCAAAGAACUUUUUCUGUUCCUGUGAGACGAGAAAUCAAGAGAACUGUCAAUAAAGAAAAUAGUCAACAGACUGAAGAAAGGCUACUACGCUACCUCAUACAUCUGAGGUUCCAGAGUUCUAAAUCUGGAAAGAUCUACCUCCACAGAGAUGUAAGGCUCCUAUUCUCUCGGAAAUCCAUGGAAGUUGAUAGCGGCGCUGCAUAUGAACUCAAAUCUUACACUGAAUCUCCAACAAAUCCUCAGUUUUCACCAAGAUGCUAGCAAACAAUGGCAAACUAAAGUAUUCAUUUUACUGUUGAUUACUCCUUGUGAGCAAAGACUGGUAGAGAUGACAGUAUAAAGUUAAGUCUGUAAAGGAAUGAAAAUAGCGCUCGAGAGAGAGAAGGUUCUUAUGUAAUCCUGGACCAGUUUUUAAAAGGUUUCUGGAAUGAGCUUUGUGUAUUCCAAGUAGACUGGAAACAUACUUAAAUGUAAUCUUUUUGUACUGUUUAAAACCACUUCAUUGGAUGUGUUGCAAUAGCAAAUUCCCAAGUUAGUUUAGUGUUUACACUUUUUAUUUUAUUUUUCAGUUAUUUAAUAUUUAAUGUUUCAUUUAAUACUCAAGUGAUGUUUGUCUUUAGUGUUCUAAUGUAGCAUAAAUCCUAUGUAAAAUCAUACUAUGUAUUUUUGGCAUUAAUAUUGAAAUCUGAAAUAUAUAAAGAUGUCUUUAAUCUGUGUGAUGUUUUAACUGAUACUCAUUUAAGUUAUUGAAAAUGGGGUCAACAGGUGAAUUUCCAUAACAUUUCAUACUAUGCAAGCAUUUAGCUUUCUUUUUUUUUUCUCUUCAGGGGUACCCUUUACCAUUUUUUCUCACAGAUUUAGUAACACUUGUGACAGUAAUGCAGAUUAUUUAUUUACUUAUUCAUGCAUUGAGAUCAUUGGUUCGAUUCAUAUUUUGCUGCCUCAGUUUCUUUCUUUCCUUAAGGGCCACUUUUGAUUUUGCUUUCUGUUACUAUUUUUUCCUCACAUAAAAUUCACACCCCCCCCAUUUUAAUUUCUCAGAUUGUGUUAAAGGAUGUACUGUGCAAGCAAAUUAGUAUUUAUAUCUUAAAUAUAUGCAAAUUCUAUGAAACUUGUACUUUUUGUUUUGUUUUUUAGAUAAGGAGGAUCUUCAUGUAAUCUUAAAUAUUUUUAAUAGGUCAAUUCCAUUUAGGCCACUAGGUGGCCAUUGGAAGUUUUGCUAGAAAAUGCUACAUGGGCAAAUAUUUUCCAAUACUUAUGUGUAUUCCUCAAGCAAAACAGUCAGCUAAACAGUUUAUGCUAAGUGUUAAACUGUGUAUCUGAGAGAAAUAAAGUUAGAAGCAUUUCAUUAUA